ACAGGUGACACAAGUCCGUGGCCACAUACCUAGAGAAAAUAUUUCAGUUCCAACAUUAGGUGUGUUCCAUGCAGGCCAAAGAUCAAGGAAGUGAUGGCGUUUAAAAAUUCGCCAUCAAAUUUGAAAGAGCAUCUUGAGAGAAAACACAGAUCUCUGCUCCAAGACUACAUGGAGGCAACGAAAAAAAGACAUGCAAUACCCUCAGGGGUUGAGGGCCCCACGAAACAGAGGAGACUUGAGGACACUAAAGCCUCCCAGAAGUCCAUGGACCUUGCAGUCGUGAAUUUCGUAGUUGAUGGUUUGCACUCCUUUGGAGUAGUGGAGCAACCUGCGUUCAUCAAAUAACUGCAAAAACUCCCCUCAACUACACUGUCGUAUCCCGCACAACACUGCGACACCAGAUAGACAAGCACACAAAGACAAUGAAAGAGAGUGUGAAGAUGAUGCAACAUGUUGACUGCAUAGCCACCACAACCGACUGCUGGACGGCCCACAGGCAAAGUUUUCUGGGCAUCACUGCCCACUGGAUUGAUCCAGACAGUCUUCAGAGGGAGUCUGCUGCUCUGGCGUGCAGAAGACUUAAAGGGGCUCACACACACGACAUGUUAGCAAGUUGUCUCAAUGAAAUACACACCGAGUACGGCAUCAGUGGGAAGAUUGUGAGGACCACUACAGAUAACGCCUCAAACUUUGUGAAGGCCUUCAGAGUUUUUGCCUCUGAAAAUGACAAUUCUGUGGACAGUGAGGAAGAUGAUGAUGAUCCAGAAGAGGAGACUGAAGCUGUUGACAUUGAGGCAUUGUUGGAGGUAGAAGAUGACUCCUUCUGGUAUCAACUCCCCAAACAUCACCGCUGCGCCUGUGAUCUCAUUAAUUUGAUUGCAACUGUCGAUGCAAAAAAAGUGGAAACAAAUGUUGCGUACAGGAACGCAUCUCGCUCAGCUUUUGCCAAGUGCUUUGGUCUUUGGAAUAAGAGUGCCCACUCAGCUGCUGCUGCAGAGGUCAUUGAAAAAGAGUGCAAACUGCAACUUGUUCGUCCAGUUGAGACCAGGUGGAACUCCUACUUCCUUGCUGUUGAGCGGCUACUGAGAAUAGUGCGAGAAAGUGGGGAAGGAGCCAUCAGAGCAGUAACCAUUGCUCUUAAAGUCCCCAUGUUCAGCCCUGCAGAACUUGAAUUCCUGACAGAGUAUGCAGCCGUCAUGAACCCUGUCUCUAAGGCACUGAAUAUCCUGCAGGGAGAGAAAAUGAGGUGGAUGGAGAGACUGUUCCAACCAGUCCCAGCAGAAGACUGCCCUCCCUGAGCCUGGUUCUGCUGGAGGUUUCUUCCUGUUAAAAGGGAGUUUUUCCUUCCCACUGUAGCCAAG